UGAUAGUUACGUUACAAAUAUUGGAAAUUCCGUACUCUUAAUCUACUGACUGAUUUACAAAACGUAAGAAAAUCCAUCUGCGAUUAUUACAAUGACCACUUUAGGAAACAUGUCUAGGCAUAUAGGCCCUUUUAUAAAAAAAACAGAGUUCAGCUUUAAAAGAUUGGUCAGCAGCAUAUCGGAAGAGUCUAAACGACAGAAUGAUUUGUUCAUUACCGAACAAAAACGGCAAAAAGAAUUGGUUGGGCGCAUAGAAAAAAUCGAGAUAUCUUACGAAGGAGCUCCAGAAAAUGUAACUUUAGUCAUGAAUAAAAAUUUAUCUACUCCGUAUGACUGUGCAAAACAUUUAGGCGACAAUGUGCGGAAUAAAGUGGUAGUUGCUCUAUUAAAUCAUGAGACUUUAUGGCAUAUGCAUAAACCAUUGCCUGGUCCUUGCAAAUUGGAACUUCUACACUAUCACUUGCCAAACCCAGCGUCUGUUAAUAAAACAUUUUGGAGAAGUUGUAAUUUUAUUCUAGGUGCUGUUAUUUCAAAUGCCUUCAAAGACGAUGUUAGUCUGUAUUUGCACAGUUUCCCCAGUCCUAACGUAAAAUCGGGUAGUUUUGUGUACGAUGUACAAUUGACUUUAGACAACUGGAUACCAACCACGUCAGAACUAAAAGUAUUAUCAAUUGAAAUGAUCAAAUUUUGUCAGCAAGAACACCCAAUUCACUGUCUAGACGUUGACAAAGAUCUCGCUUUGGAUAUUUUCAGGAGUAAUCCGCACAAAACAAAACAAAUACCCGACAUCGCCGCACAUAAUAGCGACAAGGUUACUCUUUUCAAAGCUGGUACACAUGUGGAUAUAUCGAGGGGACCCAUGAUCCCUAAUACCAGUCAUAUGGGAAGAGUAUCUAUCGCUAACGUUAUAAAAUUAGAUACCGAUAUUCCUGGAGGCCCGAUUUAUAGAUUUCAAGGGGUGGCCCUGCCGAAAGUUAUUACAUUAAAUCAUUUUGCUUACAGUCUAUUAGAAGAUAGGGCGAGAACUUUGAACUCUGGAAGGAUACCUGGUACUCAAGGUAUAGAUAAUGAAGAUAACAGUUUCAUAGCUCGUGUGACCAGCUAAAAAUCAAAUGGUUAUGUUACGGAUCUAGAAAUGUAUUAUUUAGUAUCAAAAAUAAAGUUAUUGUUUUA